CUCAUAAUAUAUAUAAGAACAAGCACUAAGCUAGGGCUUCAAUAUCACACCGAUCGUCAUAUGCAAUCUGCUGGCCAUCUGCAAGGUGCAACAGCAAGCCUGAAACAGCUCCUACCUAGAGGCUCCUCCUAAUAUCAGAGUCCGAAUAAAAAUGGAGAUGAACAGCAAUGGUGGAGAAAAGUGCAACUUUUUCAACUGGGAUAGGCUUGGAUUUAGUCUAAUUCCAACUGAUUACAUGUACACAAUGAGUUGCUCUAUUGACCAGAAAUUUACAUUUUCACAAGGGAAACUCAUUCCCUAUGGAAACAUCCAGCUGAGCCCUUGCUCAGGAAUUCUGAAUUAUGGACAGGGAUUACUUGAAGGGCUAAAGGCGUACAAGGGAGAAGAUAAUCAUAUUCGGCUUUUCCGGCCGGCGGAGAAUGCUCUACGGAUGCAAACGGGUGCAGAAAGAAUGUUCAUGCCAUCACCAAGUGUAGGCCAAUUUAUUGAUGCUGUAAAGCAAACUGCCUUGGCCAACAAGAGAUGGAUUCCUCCUGCGGGGAAAGGAUCGCUAUACAUUAGGCCUUUGCUCAUGGGAACUGGUCCAACUCUGGGUUUGGGGCCAGCACCCGAAUGCACAUUCCUCAUCUAUGCUUCUCCUGUCGGCAAUUAUAGCAUGGGUCCCCUUCAUUUUCUUGUAGAAGAUAAUGUCUACCGAGCCAUCCCUGGUGGAACUGGAGGCAUCAAAGCUAUCACUAACUAUUCACCAGUUUACAAAGCAAUUCUCCAAGCAAAGGCCAAAGGUUUCUCCGAUGUGUUAUUCCUUGAUGCAGUGACCAGGAAAACUAUUGAGGAGGCUUCUGGAUGUAAUAUUUUCAUUGUGAAGGGAAAUGUUAUCUCAACACCAGCAGUAAAUGGAUCUGUUCUUCCUGGAAUCACCAGGAAAAGUAUCAUUGAAAUUGCUCUUGACAUUGGAUACCAAAUGGAGGAGCGCAGUAUUCUAUUGGAGGAAUUACUUGAUGCUGAUGAAGCUUUCUGCACAGGAACUGCAAUGGUUGUUAAUCCUGUUGGUAGUGUAACCUAUCAUGAAAAGAGGAUUAACUAUAAAACAGGAGCAGAUACAGUAUCUCAGAAACUGCUUGCAAAUCUAACAGGAAUUCAAACGGGUUGUAUUGAGGACAAGAAGGGAUGGACCAUGAAGAUUGAUUGAGCUUCUUCCUCCCUUUCAUAUAAUAGAAUCGUGUUAUGUCUUUUAUUUGGAUUAUCUGGAGGCAAGAUUUCUAAAGUCCACAAAACUUCACUAGUGCAAAUCUUGAGAGCUACAUCAAUAAAGUUGGCUCAAGACGUGGAAAAAUAACCAUCAAGACUAAAGGCAAUGAAGUGCUAUCAAAACAUUUUCAGCAUCUCCUAAUUUUCAGUUAGAAAUUUUCAGCUUUAUCAUUUGUGUCAGUAAGUGUCUCAAUAUGUGAUCACUGCAUUUAGUAGAACAAAGAACCAAGAGAACUCAAUUUGUGGAAAAAAAAAUAAUUAAUAGUACAUUAGUUUCUAA